GGCGCCUAGGCGGCGUCUAAUAGGCGCCAGGAGUAUAUAAGGACGGGAGAACUCAAGCUAAUCAUCAGUUGAUCAUCAACCAGAGUAACAUGAAGGCAUUUAUCUGUGCAGCUCUUUUGGCCGUUGCCGCCGCGGACCAGUCCCAUCACCAGGCAAUCAAGAUCGGAAAUGCCCCUUCCGUCUCCUCCUCCGUUUUCAAGCCCCACUUUGGCAAAGUUGCUUCCGUUGUGAGCCAGCCCCAUGCUGCUCCUCAGGCUGUUGAUGCUUAUCAUAACACUGAGAAGUACUCCGCCGCCGUCCACGCUCCCGCUGCUCUUCCCCACAACGCUGGAUAUGCUCCAGCUCCUUACCACGCCGCUCCUGUCCACCACGCCGCUCCCCUUGUCCAUGCUGCUCCCCUUGUCCAUGCUGCUCCCCUAGUCCACAAAGCUCCCGCAUAUGCCCCAGCUCCCGCUCCUUAUCACGCCCCCGCCCCUGCACCCUACCACGCCCCUGCCCCCUACCACGAGGAGAAGGAGGUCCCCGAGCCCUACUCCUACACCUACGGAGUUGCUGAUGACUACUCCAAGGCCGCCUUCAAUGCCGCUGAGACCGCUGAUGCCAACGGUGCCGUUACCGGAUCUUACUCUGUUGCUCUUCCCGACGGCAGAACCCAGCACGUCAAGUACACCGCCGACCACUACAACGGAUAUGUCGCCGAUGUUUCCUACGAGGGAGUUCCUGUCUACCCUGAGGUCAAGGCUUAUGCCCCUGCCCCUGCUCCAGCCUACCAUGCUUAAACUAGAUAACUAUUAACUUAUCUAUUUAUUCAAUAGAAAAUACUAAAUCAUA